AUGAGGGCCGUCCACGCGCGGCCAAAGGCGCGGGUGCCGAUCGUCGCGUUGGAGGACGGCGUGAGCGGUCUCUCGUGCGACGUCUGCAUGUGCAACCAGCUAGCGCUGCUCAACUCUCGCUUGCUGCGCGCGUACACGCAGCUCGACCCGCGUGUGCGCCCGCUCUGCGCUGCAGUCAAGCACUGGACGAAGCGGCGCUGCAUCGCCGACCCGUACCGCGGCUCGCCCUCCUCGUACGCCUGGGUCCUGCUCGUGCUCAACUACCUGCAGACGACCUCGCCUCCCGUGCUGCCGGUGCUGCAGGCGCUGCGCGGCGGCGGCUGGGGCCCGACGGGCGAGGCGAUGCAGGCGGCGACGCACGACGGGCGGGUGUUCGAUUGCUCUUUUUGCGCGGACGUCGAGUCGGUGCGCGGUGCAACGGAGCGGCUCGGCGUCAACACGCAGGGCUUGGGUGAGCUGCUGGUCGGCUUCUUCCGGUGCUACGCGCGAGAGUUCGACUUCAAGGGCGGCGUGGUGUCGGUGCGGACGGGAGGCCACCUGAGCAAGCACGAGAAGGGGUGGACUACCAAGGAGCGCGGCUUCCGCGGCGACCGGCACCUCUUCUGCAUCGAGGACCCCUUCGAGCUGACGCAUGACCUCGGCCGCGUGUGCGACCCGCAGACCCUCUCCGAGGUGAAGCAGGAGAUCGCGCGUGCGCACCAGAUGCUCGGCGCAGAGGCGCCGCUGGACGAGGUCCUCGAGAAGUGGGCGAGGAGCGACGAGCAGCGCGACCAGGGCGGCGGCAAGUAG